AUGGUUUCUUCUACUCUAGCCCUGGCGGCUCUCGCCAGCUUUCUCCCGUCUGCCUUGGCGGGCUUCGACGCUACCCAGGUGACUAACGUUGCCGUAUAUUGGGGUCAAAACUCGCUAGGUCAAGCAACCUCUCAGACGCGACUAGCUGACUACUGCUCAAACACUGAGAUCGAUAUCAUCCCUCUUGCUUUCAUGGACGGUAUCACGACACCCACCGUAAACUUCGCCAACGCGGGCAACAACUGCACAGCAUAUGCUGGCACCUCUCUUUUGAACUGCCCCCAGCUCGAGACGGACAUCAAGGCAUGCCAGGCUCUGGGCAAGACCAUCCUCCUCUCUCUCGGAGGUGCGACGUACACCGAAGGCGGCUUCUCGUCCUCCGACGCAGCUGAGGCCGCGGCUCAGAAUGUCUGGAACCUGUUUGGCUCGGACACCACCCAGGAGAACCGACCCUUCCUCACGGCCGUCGUCGACGGCUUCGACUUCGACCUCGAGUCGACGAACCAGAACUUCGCGCCCUUCGCGACCAAGCUUCGCUCGCUCAUGGACGCCGACACCAGCAAGACGUACUACCUGUCGGCGGCGCCGCAGUGCCCGUACCCCGACGCGGCGGACAACGACAUGCUGAACGGCGUGGUCUCGUUCGACUUCAUCAUGAUCCAGUUCUACAACAACUACUGCGGCGUCUCGUCGUACGUGGCCGGGUCCACCACCCAGAACAACUUCAACUUCGCCACCUGGGACGACUGGGCCAAGAACACGAGCAAGAACACGAACGUCAAGCUCCUCCUCGGCGUCCCUGCCAACACCGGCGCCGGCGGCGGCUACGUCGACGCCACCACGCUCUCCGGCGUCAUCUCCUACGCCAAGACGUUCUCCAGCUUCGGCGGCGUCAUGAUGUGGGACAUGUCCCAGCUCUACGCCAACUCGGGCUUCCUCGACUCCGUCUACUCCGCCCUGUCCGGCUCCAGCUCCAAGGCCAGGGACGUCACCACCUUGGUGAAGAAGGCUAGGCCCGCUCCCACCCAGGUUGCUUAG